GAGGAACGUUCGCAGUCGGGCCGAGGAAGUCUCGUUUGUUUCCUUCUUGUCUCUCGCGUGGACUGUGACGUCAGGGGACGCGCGGAACAAGGAAGCAGCUGCAGAGGCAACAUGUGCGGGGGCUGCGUGAAGACCGAGUACCCGUCGAGGGGUAACACCUGCUUGGAGAAUGGUUCCUAUUUGAUGAACUACGUGGGUUGCAUUGAAUGUAAAAAAAAGGAUUUCGUGUUGAUAACAAACAAAGUAGCAGAAGAUGAUGAUGGAGAGGAAAUUAUCACUUAUGAUCAUGUAUGUAAGAACUGUCACCAUGUGAUAGCCAGGCACGAAUAUACUUUCAGUGUAGUGGACGAUUACCAGGAAUACACCAUGCUGUGCAUGCUCUGUGGCAGGGCAGAAGAUUCUAUCAGUGUCUUGCCAGACGAUCCUCAUCUGAUGACUCCAUUGUUCUGAGCCUCUUGUUUUUAGCCGAUUGUAUCAUGUUAAUUUUUUAACAGCAAGUCAUGAAAUAUGGAAUUUUUUUGGAGGGGGGAUCCUGUUCAGCCCAUGCAGAGUCAAGUGAUAUAACCCCCCUCCAUGUUUUUAAGUUACAAUACAAGCUGCUUACCUGUCCUCCUCUCCACGAUAGGUACAUACUGCUUCCUAAACUUGUAGGUGAUAAAGAAGCCAAUUUCCUCUGUGCUGGCUUUAGGGCCUAAUUUUUAGGACUCAUUGUCAGCUGGCUUUGGUAGGAGAAACAAAAAUAAUAAUUCUGAGAGGGGGUGUUCUGCAGUUGGCUUCAUGCAGAAAUGAUAACAGCAUCUGAGGGAUAAUAGAAAAUCUUCAGGAAAGAAAGUUGAUGGGCAAGAACUGUUCAGAGUUUUCGCCAUUUCUGUCUACGAGCUGAACUGUGUUUUGCUAGAUGAAUAAAGAUGUUAACUGCUAGCCACCAGUGUGGAAGCAUUUGUCCGAUUUUGGAACUGCCCAGAUUAUUUCCUUUUCUGUGUCAGGAAAAGUCUUUAUCAGUGUUAUAUAUUUAGUGAAUUGGCUCAAGUAUGGCAGGUGUUGGGUUCCUUUGGCCUUUCUGAUGUUGCUGUACUACAACUUCCAUUAUCUCUGGCCAUUGGCCAUGCUAGAUGGGGCUGAUGGGAGUUGUAGCUCAGCAACAUCUGACGGGCCAAAGGUUCCCCACACAAAGGUUCCCCUAGUCUCUCUCAGGAGUUGUCAUCUUUUCGUAGGGCCUGCAAGAUGGAGCUGUUCCGCUUGGCCUUUGGACUGACUCAGUUUGACCCCGGUGUUACCCUCCCCUAAGGCUUUAUCCUACAGAUAUUUAAAUGAGGUUGCACUUGUAGAUUCCUAAUUUUAAAAUUGAAUUUUAACAUUGUAUUUAAUCUGCAUUUUAAUUGAAUUGUUUCUUUUAUGCUUGCUUUGAUAUUCUUGUUGUUAGCCGUCUUGACUGGGAAGGGCGGGGGUAUAAAUAAAAUUAUUAUUAUUAUUAUUAUUAUUAUUAUUAUUAUUAUUAUUAUUAUUAUUACUACUACUACUACUACUACUACUUAACACCUGAAGUGUGUUAGUGUUUUAGGUUAACACAGUUCUGUCCUGAUUCAGUACCAGCCUGUGGUCCUUGUCUAGUUCUACCUGGCUUUGGUUGGGUUGUGAAAUUAGGCGGGGGGUGGGGAGGAUCUGGUGUGAGGCUGAGUAAAAUGUGAAGUUGCCCUUCAAGAACAAAGCCAAGUGCUGUAACUUUUCAGCCACUGCUUCUGAUAACUCUUGAGUAUCAGCCUCUGGAUUGCCCAUUUUGGAAGUGUAAUGUACUAUAUAUUUUGGAAAGUUGUUUUGUUCGCUAUGCAUUUUGACAUCAAAUUUUGCAUGGUGGUUUCUGAGAUCAAGGAGCAGGUUUUCAUCUGUGUUUGAAAACUAUUGGAUGCCACUUUGAAUCGCGAUAGUGGACUGAGCCUUUCAAAACUCUGCUGAUUUUAAACACUGAUUUCAAAGCAAGCAACUCUGAGGACAAAGGCUGCUAGUGCUUGAUGAGAUGGGUCUUUGGUGUGAUCCAGCAAGACAGUUCCUGCAUUCGGAAUUAAAGCUUUCUUUAAACCCAUGGUGAUGGAACUAUUUCUUUCCUAAAUGGCUAACCGGACACACUAGAAAAUUGCAAGGGUACACUGACAAGCUUCAUGGCGAAAAUAAAGCAUAUUUUAGCCAUCUUGUUGGACAGCAUAGUAGGUACAAUACAGCUUAUGCUUCUGUCCCAUUGAAAUAAAUGAGGCAAAUGAGCCUGAGCUACACCCAUUGUGUGGGAUUCAACCUUGCGCUAUUAGGAUUAUCCCAUCAGCACAAGAAUUUUUUGCUUGCCAGAUCGAACAAUCCCCUCUCUUCUUUCCCUGUGUACUGUUCUGGUGGUUCUCCCAACCCCACAGUGCUGAUUUUGGGGGAGGGAGGUGUAGAAGCCUUGUUGUGUUAGCAGGACUUCUUGUGCUGGCUCCUGCAAAAGCAACUUUUUAAAGAAUGUGCCCCAUUUUUAAAUAAAGUGUUACACUAGCCAGCACUUCCUUGAGCAGAAUUGCACAUUGCUCUCCCUGCUCUGAAGGAAACCCUCUGUUCUUGCCACUUAGUGUUAGUUUCUUGGACCUGUAUUGAUUUUCAUUCCUGGAAGGCCUGGCUAAAUGGAGUCUGUAAUGCGCUUCAUAGAUUUAUUUAUAUUUUAGACUAAAAGGGGGGAGGGGUCUAGCAGGCCCUGACUCAUUAGAUGUCUGUGUUUCUUUCCUCUUGCACUUAAAGCACUUCAGGGGAAGUGCAACCAGUAAAAAAUGUGAUAGUGGCAGGCCCCUGUCUCCUCAUUCCUGCUGAAGGACUUGCCAUGAAAUGCGGUGCUGUAAAUACAGUAAACAGGCCUUGAUUUUCUGAAGUGCACGAAGAAAACUACAGCAGCCACCUCAUUCAAUCAACAGCGCAAGGGAUGCAUUGGAAAUAAUGACCCUGCAAAGAACCGGGGCUGUGUUGAUGUGCAAAAUGCCCAUCCUUUCUUUGUGGUCCGCAGCAUACUUUUAUUAUUGACUAGCUGGCCAGGCCAUGCGUUGCUGUGUCUCAUCCCUGUGGUUCCCCCCACUCUGUCCCAAUCCAUGACCUAUCCCGUCCCCUUCUGCCCCCAACCCACACCCAGGCGAGUCCCUACCUCCAUUUGGCCUAGUAGCUGCAGUACGAGUGUAGCCUCCAAUAGAGGGCCAAGGUUUUCUAGCUGUAGUACCAGUGUAGCCACCGCUAGAGGGCGCUGUAUUGCAACCUCUUCUGCCUUCUACUGUAUUUCCCAGCUUCCCCGGAUAUCCACUGGAGGGAGCACUUUUUUGUACAGAAAUCCAGGUUUCUACGGUACCUGUGCUUGGUGUGUCAUCUGGUCAAUGUAAGUGGGUGGUUACACCCCCACAUGUGACUUCGGUUUUUGUGGGCAAAGUUGAGCCCGAUUGGGCAAGCGGUUGUGGAGAAAGGUGUGGAAUAACAAACACGCACCUUCUACAUUUUAAAAUAUAUAUAGAUUUUUAUGAUUAUGCGAUACCUGAAGAGCAUAGACUCUCCUAGGGUCAUCCAGGUGGACAGCGGCAAGACAUGGCGAGCGUUGAAUCUCCCUCUUCAUCCAUCUGGCAUUGUGACUCCUGUUAAGACCAGGCCUUGCUUUAAAUGGAAGUCAUGUUGCAUUGUACAGCUGACCCAGUUUGCAAAAGCUGGUCUUGUUCCAUACAGCAUAUUAAGAUAAGCUGUAUUGUGACGGGGGGGGGGGCAUCUCUACUUUAUAGUUUGUGCUGUGGCAAGCCCAGGUGCAGGGAAGCAGGGCUUAUUUAAAUGAUCAUAAUGAAUCUCAGCAAUUAAAUCUCCUGUGCAGGUCUGGCAUACAUCAGACUAGCCUCUCCUUAACUCUCCUUAAGCAAAAGGCAUUUUGUCAAGACAUACUCAGGUUUACCAUUUCCUAACUCAGACAUCUCCUUUUGCACCUGCUUCGUGCCCUCUCAUUUACCUUGACUGUUUUUGGAGUGAUUCUGCACUCCAAAAUUCUGCUUUACCUGUGUGGCCACCUCUCCCUGGCUGUUUGGACAGAGUGCCAGCGAUGGGGAGUGCUGCAGUCUGCCACUGUCAGAUGAAAGCGGAGGGUGGUGGUGGUGGAGGAAUGAUAAACAGAACUGCAGACAUUUCAUCCGCCUGCAGAAUUCAUGAGACCAGGUCAGCGUUUCUGCAGUGGGUCCCAGGUGCAUGCCCCUCAAACCCAAAUCCUAGAUUGGGACACUUCGCAUUUUAUUUGCCCUAGGUUAAACAGAGUAAAUUAUGAUAUAAAGAAUGUUCUUAUGAGAUGGCAGAGGCUGAUGGAUGUUUCCUGAGAUGUGCAUAAGAGUAUGGUAAAGAGUAGAGCAGGUUCUAAUGAGUUGGAUGUGAACAGGAAAAGCAUAUAAAGAGAAAUAGCAGUGACUUAAAUGGCUCACCUGAGUUCAGCCGGCAGGACAGAAGCAGGAGGUUUGGUACCGCUGAAAGCGAUAUAAUCAGAAGUAGAGGUGGUAGAUUCUAUAAAAUUAGAAUCAUAAUUGCCUGAUUUUCCCCUGGAUUAGGAAGAGUUUCUGCCACCUGCAUUGAGUGAUAAUGAGAACAUAAGAGCUUUCUGGAUCGAGUCUAGCCUUCUGAUCUCACAUUGCCGACAGAUGCUUAUGGAAAGCCUGUAAGCAGGAGCUGAGCAUCAGAGCAUUCUCCUCCUGUGGUUUCCAGCAACUGGUAUUAUGGUUUACUUUGGUUAGGAGCAAAACUCAAUUUAUUUGUGCUGCUCUUGCAAUAUGUGUUAACAAAGCUGGGCAUUUUAAUACUUCCUGCGUGGAGCUGGGGCAGCAUGUAAAUUUUCUAACCAGGUAUAGUCCCAAUACAGUAUCUUAAGACAAAGGGGGCUGAUAGAAUACUGCAAGUCAUAUUUGUUAAGUCUAUACUCUCACGGGGAGAAAUCAUGAAUUGUGGCAGGGAAUGCUUUUACCUAGCAGAGUUUAGGGUCAUUUUUCAUUUGAAUGGUUGGAGCCAUUGGGGGAUGUGGAAGGACAGAAAUAUUAAGCUAAUAAAUGGCCCCCAGUGCCUGGUAUUGUACACAUACUGCUUUGUUUAAUGCCACGAUUUAUGGGAAAUGGGAAUAAAAAGGACAUCGAAGGCCAGAAAUGGGAAAGAGUUGUGGUUUUUGGUUUUUUCAGCCUAGGAAGCAAAAGCAACCAUUUUAAAAGUGUGUGAUAAGAAAACAAGGGAUUCUUCAACUCAUUUAUUGGACUUAUGAAACAAGGAGUGCCCAGCAAGCAAAGGCCAGGGGAUCAGCACCUUUACACCUUUCAGGCCCCCUCCAUGGAGCUUUAGGAGGGCACCGUCACUCAGUAAAAGUCUGAUGUUGGCUCUGUCAGGAGCUGGGAGGAAGCACCUGAUAUACCCAGAAAGAAGAUGAGGGAGUUGGGGCGUGGGGGUAUUUCUACAGGUGGGCAGGGAGGAGACACCCAUGAUCACAGCGCAGUGAACGUCAAGCCAUUCUUAUGACCCGCCUUGCUCCAUCAAGACACUUAGAAUAAUCCAGUGGUGUCUGGUGCCCAUUGGGGCCAAAUGCGGGGAGAUCGACAGUUAAGUGGGGCCAGGGCCAAUGACAGACAGAGCCCACUAACUCUAGUUUUGCCUCCUUCCUUCUGAGUUCUACAAGAGCAAAACGGAGAAGGAAGAGGAGGAAGCUGACGGGCCGUGCCACCUCUCGGGGCAUUUGUAAGAAAUAAGGUGAAGGCAGGCUGAGGUUGCCCUAACGCAGUGUUUCUCAACCAGUGUGCCUCCAGAUGUUUUGGGACUACAACUCCCAUCAUCCCUAGCUAGCAAGACCAGUGGUCAGAAAUGAUGGGAGUUGUAGUCCCAAAACAUCUGGAGGCACACUGGUUGAGAAACACUGCCCUAACGGACCAGUCUCCACUGGAAUAAUCUUGGGAAUGCUUGUUCUCUUAUUUGGCAAGCUUCAGGAGGCGCUGGAUGUCAGGCUCGAUGUUGGUGGUGAGGAAUCGGGGGCUGUAGCGCUUGAAAGGCUCGCCUUCGGGCCCCACCAGGAACUUCUCAAAGUUCCAGGAGAUG